UCCCAUCAUCCCAUCAUCCCAUUGAUCUCUACCCUGACAAAUCCAGGACUGAUUAUAAUUACAAGCAUUAGUUAACGAUUUGCUGCGCCAUCAAAUAUAAUUAGAAAGUAUGCAGGAUGCGUCGAAUGAUGUUCCUCUCUCUCAGGAAGAACGCGAGAGGAUCCGUAUGAAGCGUCUUGAGAAGCUUCAGGGGUCAUACAACUCACAACAAUCAUCUGGAUCCGAGGGGAACGCACCAUCAAGUUCCAUCCAUGGUUCGGCUUCAAAACCUGAGGCAAGCUCAUCGUCAUCAAAUACUACCGCUGCAGCGGCUCGCACAUCAUCACCAAUAACAAUUCCCAACUUGCCAAAAGGAGCAUCAAUCCCUCCUACUACUCCCUCGCCGAAGCCUGCAAGCCCCUCAGCGCCAAAGCAACCAGCACUGACAUUUGAAGCAUGGCAAAAUGAGGCUUUAUCCCGUAUUCUAUGUGUUUCUUUGAAUGAAAAUGCACCAGCCCCUAUGCUCUAUCUAUCCAACCUGGCAAGGGAAUUAGCGGAAGCAAAUGAGCCACUUGUUAUCAGUCAAGGCUCUUUAGAUAGGGUUCUUGUGGAUCGCAUGUCAGUUGACCCCAAUGAUGAGUCAAAUGCUCAUCUUCUUGAUCGUGGUCAGCUUCGGUAUCCAUUAUUUGACUACCUUCUGGACUGCUGGAAACGCUUGGAGACUGUCAAAAUCCAGACGUCCCGCUCUAAGCUUCCUGCGAAUGUGAUUGAGGAGCGCGUUCAGUCACUGAAUACCUCCAAGUCUUUGCUCGUAUCCUACGCCGGGAUUGUACUUCAAAUGCCUGAUAUGUUCCCUCAAGUUCAGAGCUCGACGCCUUUAGGAGCUACACAGUUGGUAGAGAGGCUCUUUGCAGAUCAGGAUACAGCAAGUGGCAUACCAACUGAAUUUUUAAGAGACGUUGCAGCCAGGUUCCAAGGUGAUGGCUUGGAGGAUCUUGUUCAACAGCUUGUAGCAGGGAUUGGAGCCCGUGCCAGGGCUGCUACAAUUUUGACAGACUGGAGAACCCCUUUUAGAGCUCUUUUAACUCUUAUUGAGAUUCCAGCUAUUGCUUCGACCCUCCCAUCGAUUGCCAUUUGGAAUCCACCUAAUGCUACAGCACGUCAGAUAGAAAUAGUAUCUGCUCUAGGCCCUUUCUUUAAGAUCUCAGGAUUUUGCUCUGAUGAGCCAUCGGUUGCGGAACUGUUUGGUUCAGGUUUGAAGAGGAAUAAGGCAGAUUCAAAUGGCGCCUUUACUUCGAUCCGUGGGACUGUGCGUGGCAUCCAAAGUUCACUAUUCCAAAUUGUGAAUAGUCUCAUUCGAUCAGGACCGGAAUCAAAAGGGAAGAUGUUGGAUUAUUUCUAUUCCAUUUUAAACAAGAAUGAACGUCGAGCACAAAUGCAGGUUGAUCGAGCAACGGUCUCGGGCGAUGGCUUCAUCUAUAAUAUCAGUGAAGUUUUGAUGCAGUUCUGUGAUCCCUUCCUAGACAGUGGCCAUACUAAGAUCGACAAGAUUUCGCAUGAAUUCUUUAAGGGAAAAUCCAAAAUUGACAUUACCAAAGAAACAAGAAUAUGUGCAUCAAAGGAAAUGACGGAUAGUUAUGCAUCUGGAACAUCAACUUCUGCUAUCAACUUCAUCUCAGAUAUAUUUUUCCUUACAUUAGGCUUUCACCACAUCGGUUUAUCAAAGAUGUAUAUCGACUAUAAGCGCUUCAUGAAGGAUUUCUACGAGAUUAGAGAUCAGUAUGACCGCCUCAAAGAACAAGAGACUUCUGGUCAACUUUCUGUAGAAAAUGGACUAUUGAUCAAACGCUAUGAAAUUCAGCUGGAGAAGAUGAUUACAUUCCGACUGUCUUUAGAAUCUCAGAUCAUGGACCCUAUCAUUCUGGCACACUCUUUCCAGUUCUACAACCUUGUUAUGGCCUGGUUACUUAGGAUGGUUGACCCUACUCACACCUAUCCCCAAAGUACUAUCCAACUACCAUUACCUGAGAAACCGUCUGAAGACUUUGCGAAUCUACCAGAGUACAUCAUUGAAGAUAUUGUGGAAUUUUUUCUCUUUGUCCUCCGCCACUCUCAUGAGACUGUUGGAUCCUCCACAUUGGAUGAAUUGAUUACAUUCACCAUGGUGUUCUUGAUUACUCCAGGAUAUAUCAAAAACCCAUAUCUGAAAGCCAAGUUCGCUGAGAUCUUGUUUUACAUGACUCUUCCUUAUCGGGGCCAAAGAAAUGAUGAUACUCUCGGUAUGAAGCUCAAUACGCAUCCUAUGGCUCUCCAGUGUCUGAUUCCCGCGAUUAUGAACUUUUAUGUUGAGGUUGAGAAUACAGGCCGUAGCUCCCAAUUCUACGAUAAGUUCAACAUCCGAUACAAUAUUUCUCAGAUUCUCAAGUUUGUGUGGAAGAAUCCUAUCCAUCGUGACAUGGUUAAGGCAGAAAGCCAGAAAUCAGAAACAUUCGUGCGCUUUGUCAAUUUGUUGAUAAACGAUACCACGUAUCUCUUGGAUGAAGGCUUAACCAAACUUGUGGAAAUUCAUGGUAUUGAGGCAGAGAUGGAUGACAAGGCCGGAUGGGCUGCACAGACGCCACAAUAUCGGCAAGAGAAAGAGGGAGUCCUUAGGACAGCGCAGCGUCAAGCAUCAUCCUAUAUCGCCUUGGGCAAUGAGACAGUGAAUAUGCUAGCGUACUUGACUGAGGUUAUUAAGCAGCCCUUCUUGACUGCUGAGAUUGUCGAUCGAUUAGCCACCAUGCUUGACUACAACCUUGUAAUAUUGGUCGGAGAGAAGAUGUCGACUCUAAAGGUUAAAAACCAAGAAGAAUACCGCUUCCAACCCCGUACUCUUCUUUCAGAUAUCAUAUCAGUCUAUUUACAUUUGGACUGUCCAAAGUUUAUCGCAGCUCUAGCUCGGGAUGACCGAAGCUACAAAGCAAGCAUCUUCCAUAAGGCUAGCCGUAUUUUAGAAGGACGUAAUCUUAAAAGUCCUGACGAAAUUGCCCAGUUAACAAGGCUUGUCCAAAAGGUCGAAGAUAUGAGACAGCAAGGAGCAGAGGACGAAGAGGAAUUGGGCGAGAUUCCAGAGGAAUUUUUGGAUCCGCUACUGUUUACUCUCAUGGAAGAUCCUGUUUUAUUACCUACUUCCAAUAUCUCUAUCGACAGAAGCACCAUCAAAUCCCAUCUAUUAUCUGACUCGACAGAUCCAUUUAACCGCAUGCCACUCAAAAUCAGUGAUGUUGUUGACAAUAUUGAGCUUCGUGAGAAAAUUCAAGCUUGGAAAGCGUCUCAAAAAUCCAGAAAGCAACAGCAGCAAGUAGAACAGAUGGAGAUAGAUGGCUAGCUUGGCUAUAGUUUAAGAAAGUGUGUUGAGCUUGUAAAAAAAAUUGAAUCAUGAUCUAUUUAUUUGAAUCCAUAGCAUAUUUCCUAGACAAGGA